AAUGAACAAGCUUCUCCUUCUCUUCGUUCUUGUUGCCGUCAUCGCUAUGGCUUCUGCCCAAUGGGGAGGUGGUCCAUAUGGAGGAUAUGGUCCACGUGGAUACGGAGGUGGAUACGGAGGUGGACGUUAUGGAGGAUAUGGAGGACGCGGACCAUACGGCGGAUACGGUGGACGUGGCCCAUAUGGAUACGGAGGACGUGGACCAUACGGAGGAGGCGGUCUCGUUGGAGCUCUUCUCGGUUAAACAUUUUGUAUCUACACCUAAAUGCUCAUCAGUUGCCAGAAUCAAUUCGAUACUCUUCUGAAUCAACUCAUUAUUGUUUGUAAUAAGUACAAAUUCCACUCACCAACCAAAAAAUAAACGAUUUUUCAUUGUC